GCUCAGUCCGGCGGCGGCGCGCGACUGUCCGACUGACUUCACCAAAACUUUCCACAAACUCAGUCAAACAGAAAAAAAAAGAAACACUGACUGACUGACAAAAGUUUCGCAACUCGCCUCAGUCCCGUUUUAAUGACACUUUUACCUACUUUCUGCCUGCUUUGGAGUGUUUUCAGAGAAGUGUGAUCAGAGGAUCGAGCCGCACAUCCACUGAGGAGUUUUGAAUGAGCCGCUGCGUAAAAGCUCUGCCGACCUUUUUCCCUCUGCGUUUUGAUUUUAAUUUUACGUUGGGAUAAAGUUUUCCUUUCCCAUUGAGACUCGUGAUGGCUGUCCUGUCACUAGCUGUACUACUUGUAGGAUUUGUAUUGACUUCGGCUGACAAGGCCGACGGAGGAGAACGAGAGGACCAGCUGAGGAGUCGGCUGAAGGAGUACGGCCUGGUGACGCCCUUCAGCACCGACUCCCACGGCCACUUCCUGUCGCACCUGUUGUCGGCCACGCACAAGCAGCGCGUCAAGAGAGACGCGUUUUCGUCCGGAGACGGCGAGCAGCGGCUCUUCUUCAACAUCACCGCCUUCGGGAAGGAGUUCCACCUGCGGCUGCAGCCCAACACACGGCUGGUGGCGCCGGGGGCCAUGGUGGAGUGGCACGACGAGGUGCCGGCCUUCGAGAACGUGAGCGUCGCCACCGACGCCGCCGCCAACGUCGGCGCCAACCUGACCGAGGCCGGCAACCAGACCGAGAGGAUUCUGCGCCGGGAGCUGCUAAAGACCGACUGCACUUUCAUUGGUGACAUCACAGACGUCCCCGGGGGGUCGGUUGCCAUUAACAACUGUGAUGGACUGGCUGGGAUGAUCCGCACCGACUCUGAUGAGUACUUCAUCGAACCGCUGGAGAAAGGCACCCAGGAGCUGGAGGACCAGGGCCGGGUCCACGUGGUUUACCGCAGGUCGGCUCUAGUGCUGCCGUCCUCCGACGACAUCUCUGUGGACUAUCAGCGAGAAGAACCGGAGCUGGAUGUCCCCGGGACCCUGGACUCGGUAACCCGGCAGGUCAACGAGACUGUCCAGCGCCGCCGCCGCCGGGACGCCGGAGAGGACGACUACAACAUUGAGAUCCUGCUGGGAGUUGAUGACUCGGUGGUUCGCUUUCACGGCAAAGAGCACGUGCAGAACUACCUCCUCACGCUGAUGAACAUCGUCAACGAGAUUUACCACGACGAGUCGUUGGGGGUCCACAUCAACGUGGUCCUGGUCCGGAUGAUUAUGUUGGGCUACGCCAAGUCCAUCAGCCUCAUCGAGAGGGGGAACCCCUCGAGGAGCCUGGAGAACGUGUGCCGCUGGGCCUUUGUGCAGCAGAAGGGCGACCCUAAUCACGCCGAGCACCACGACCACGCCAUCUUCCUCACUCGCCAAGGCUUCGGCCCCACGGGGAUGCAAGGUUACGCUCCCGUCACAGGGAUGUGCCACCCUGUCCGGAGCUGCACCCUGAACCACGAGGAUGGCUUUUCCUCCGCCUUCGUCGUGGCUCACGAGACCGGACAUGUGUUGGGCAUGGAGCACGACGGCCAGGGCAACCGCUGUGGGGACGAAACGGCGAUGGGAAGCGUCAUGGCUCCUUUGGUGCAGGCGGCGUUCCACCGGUACCACUGGUCCAUGUGCAGCGGCCAGGAGCUGCGGAGAUACAUCCACACGUACGACUGUCUCCUGGACGACCCCUUCAAACACGACUGGCCGCAGCUCCCUGAACUUCCCGGCAUCAACUACUCCAUGGAUGAACAGUGUCGGUUUGACUUUGGAGUCGGCUAUAAGAUCUGCACUUCAUUUCGGACGUUCGAUCCGUGUAAACAGCUUUGGUGCAGUCAUCCGGACAACCCGUACUUCUGCAAGACCAAGAAGGGCCCGCCUCUCGAUGGAACCGAAUGUGCUCCCGGGAAAUGGUGCUACAAAGGUCACUGCAUGUGGAAAAACCCAAAUCAGGUCAAGCAGGACGGCGCCUGGGGUUCCUGGAGCAAAUACGGCCCCUGCUCGCGCUCCUGUGGGACUGGAGUUCGCUUCCGGACACGGCAGUGCAACAACCCCGCACCCUCCAACGGCGGCCAGGACUGCCCGGGGAUCAACUACGAGUAUCAGCUGUGCAACAAGGAGGACUGCCCCAAGCACUUUGAAGAUUUCCGAGCGCAGCAGUGCCAGCUCCGCAACGCCCACUUUGAGUUCCAAAACGCCAAACACCACUGGCAGCCCUACGAGCACCCCGACGCCAGCAAGAGAUGCCACCUGUACUGUCAGUCCAAGGAGACGGGAGACGUGGCGUACAUGAAGCAGCUGGUGCAUGAUGGGACUCGGUGCUCCUACAAGGACGCCUACAGCAUCUGCGUGCGCGGAGAAUGUGUGAAAGUGGGCUGCGACCGGGAGAUCGGCUCCAACAAGGUGGAGGACAAAUGUGGAGUCUGCGGCGGCGACAACUCUCACUGUCGCACCGUCAAGGGGAGCUUCACCCGGACACCCAAGAAACCUGGGAAGACCCGGGGAGCCUUCUCUCUGCCCAAAGGAGCUCGAAAUGUGUUUUUAAAUGAAUCGGAGGACUCUAGAAAUGUCGUGGGUUACCUUAAGAUGUUUCUCGUUCCUCCGGGAGCUAGACAUGUGAUCGUCCAGGAGCACGAGGCCUCCCCCCAGACGCUUGCAAUCAAGAACCAGGCGACGGGUCAUUACAUCCUGAAUGGGAAAGGUGACGAGGUCAAGUCCAAGAGCUUCAUUGACCUCGGUGUGGAGUGGCAGUACCUCAUCGAGGGAGACGUGGAGACGCUGCACACUGACGGACCUCUGCACGACCCCGUGGUGGUUCUGAUUAUACCCAAGGACAAUGAAACGCGCUCGACUCUGAUGUACAAGUACAUCAUCCACGAGGACUCGGUACCGGUCAACGACAACAAUGUCAUCCAGGAGGACUCGUACGAGUGGGCGCUGAAGAGCUGGUCCCCGUGUUCCAAGCCUUGUUCUGGAGGGUUUCAGUACACCAAGUACGGCUGUCGGAAGAAGGGAGACACUAAGAUGGUCCAUCGAGGCUACUGCGACACCGGCAAGAAACCUAAACCCAUCCGCAGAAUGUGCAACCUGCAGGACUGCAGCCAACCUCAGUGGAUCUCGGAGGACUGGGAGCACUGCACGAAAACCUGCGGCAGCCUGGGCUUCCAGAUCCGGACGGUUCGCUGCGUGCAGUUCCUCCACGACGGCACCAACCGCUCCAUCCACAGCAAAUACUGCAGCGGCGAGAAGCCAGAGAGCCGGAGGCCCUGCAACAGAGUCCCGUGUCCCGCCCAGUGGAGGACCGGAGCCUGGUCAGAGUGCUCUGUGACUUGUGGAGAAGGGAUGGAAAGGCGGAUGGUCACAUGCCGGAUCGGAGAUCAGUGUAACGGGGAAAAACCAGAGACGGUGAGGCCGUGCAGACUUGGACCCUGCCACGAUGAGCCGUGCAGUGGAGACAGAUCUAUCUUCUGCCAGAUGGAAGUCCUAGCGAGGUACUGCUCCAUCCCAGGCUACAACAAGCUGUGUUGCGACUCCUGCGGUAGGCGCAGCGGGGCUCUGUCCCUGUUCUCCGAGGCAGCCGAGACCGAGGAGCACGUCCGGUUCGGGUCAGCAUCCCAGCUGCUGGAGACGUUAACAGCCGCCGCGGCUUCCAACGGUACCGGCGGUGGCAAACGGGGCGCGGGGAGAGGAUCCACUGCGCUGAGCAGCGCUACAAAGCGCAUUACCACCCCUGCACCUCAGAAGAAAACCCAGACGAAGACCGCCACGGCUCCGAGGAGGGUUCCACGGCAUUUGGAUCUUACCGAGACAAAGCUUCUUCUGUGGCCUUCUCCCCUGGUGGACAAUGAGCUCCGGAGGUCAGGCAGCUCAAUGGAGAGCCGGCGGCCGACUGGAUAUCCUGAAGUGGAGAGAUGAAGCUGUUGCCUCUUCUCUUUAGGACCUUUAAUGUACAGCAGAUAAUCCAUCUUUAUCCUGAGUCUUGUCACACCAAAAACAUCCCGGAGACAGAAAAAAAGAACAAAAACAAAACAAAAGUGCUGGUUCACUUUGCUUCUAAGAUUUCCCCGGCCCCUUUUGAUCCCUCGUACGAACUUUUAAAUUCACAUUGUCGUCUCAGAUCUUGACAUUAUCGUUUGGGCUGAAACAGUUCUCAUUCUUGAUGUUAAAAUGGGAAAAUGAGUAAAAACUUUAAAGUUAAGGGGCAUAUGGUCCUAAAGGAAUUUUUAUCUGUGUCAAAUGAAGAACUCCAUGAAGUGACAUAAAACCACCAAAAGACAGAUUAGUACUCAAAUGCCACUGUUAGCCGCUCUGAGUCCAAACUUCUCUAGUUUUUUUUAAAGAAGUGUCACUUUAUUCAAACUGCAAUAUUUUGAAUGAAAGAGGUCUUGAUAUUUUAUGAGGCAUCACUUACCAAGUUCGGUAUCUACAUGUCCCCUCUGAUUGGUCUUUUCUCUGGUCAUUUAAUCAACAAAUUAAGCCCCCAGCAUCUGCUGCAAAGGCCUUGGCUCUGCAGCCGAUGCUGCACAGAUGGCAAAAGAUGAAAUGGCAGCAGGUGCAGUCAUAUGAGCCAAUCAAGUCAGUGGAAAUGUCUGCACACUUACACAAACCCAACUCCACCGGCCUCCGAUGGGCAGAGAAACAUAAAUCAAAGUUUGAGGGUUAUGUUUGCCAUCCAUCAAUCGACCAAUCUAUAAAGCAUCACCUUCAAGAUGUAUAAAGCAUUUAGUUCGUUUUAACGUUUAAGCUCCUAUUUUCCUGACUUUCAAAGGGUCAAAGUGAAGUGUCGUAUACCAAGUUUUCAGGCUCACUAGCUGUUUGAGAUAAAACUAUUGAAUAAGUAAUUCACAUUCAUUCACACAUACAUGUAUA